AUGAACAGCAGGAGUUUAAAAGAGUUUGAAAAUGUAGAGAUAAAAAACAAGAAAUGCUUACUUAGUUUUCAAAUAAACACCAUUACUUUGGAUCUCAACAGCAAACUUGAAGAAACAGAAAGCACAUUAAACAUCUUAGAUAACUUACUCCCCCCUUUAAAUUGGAACCAAAAAAUCUUUUCCAAUUUAAAGAGGGUUAAUUUUUAUUUUAAAUUUUAUUAAUUUUUCUCAUAAAUAAUUUUAUUUAUUUUCAUUAUAGAAAUAUUUCAAAAAAUUAUUUAAUAAUAUUAAUUUUAAUCUAUUUAUUUCAAGUACUAAUUUAAAGGAGCAGUUAGGAAAUAAAACAGCUGAGAUUUUGAGUAGACCAAACAAUCCAGAAUUAGAAAUGGAUUUCAGAGCAACUUGUUUAUCAUAUCAGAACUAUUUUAGUGUUUAUGAUCCGCUGCUAACGCAAGCUUGACAAGAUUAUCUUAAUGCCUAUCAACAAAAGGCAUCUCUUUAUAAUCUUAAAAGAGAUAACGACAGAACUAAUUUAAUUAUUUAUAACACUGAAACUGAAAGCCAAGAAGAAAUCAAAAUCUUGCAGACUCCAAAGUCACUAGACGAUGGUACUCGCAUAACUCAACUUCCAAAUGGCAAGCUAUUUUGUUAUGGCAGUCGAUAUCCAAAAACUUCUGGACAUGCAGUGCUAAUCGGCAUGAAUUAUGGAGUCGAAGUUCUGCCAUCUGGACCUCCUUGCUUCUGCUCAUCAUGUAUCUAUUUCAACAACAGUGUCUAUUGCUUCGGAGGAGUGAAUCGUAAGUAUUUAACUCUAUCUAGUAGAUUUGAUUUUGAUCAAAAUCGAUGAAUUCAAUUAACUCCAAUGCCAAAAGCUGAUUCCUCUUGCAAUAGUAUAAUAUAUAAUGGAAAUAUUUUGAUUUCUGGAAGCAAUAAUAAAAAUCUGUUGUUAUACUCAAUUGAUAUUGACUCUUUCUCGACAAUUCCUUAUGAGUUUGCAGCACUCACAAGAAAGAUUCUGAUAAAUGCAGAGAGAUUGUAUUUGAUUGAAUGUGACAUGGGAUCAGUCUAUGAAAGUGAAAUUGGAAGUGAAAUGAAUUGGAGACGAAUAAAACAAUCAAUAAUCAGUGAUUAUCCUGACCAAUUGUAUUGCUCAUAUAAUAAAGGAGGAAUAUACAUUGGGAUAUACGGAAAUGAAUACUUCAAGUUUGAUUUGAGUAAAAAAAGACUAAUCAAAUUAUAA